CUUCUAUCUAGUUUUACAUUCAAAUUAUAGUCAGAGCAUGCAGAGCAGGUUUAUCCCCGUCAUUAAUUAAAGAUCAGUUUGAGGAGGAAGGGCCUUAAUUCAUCUUUUCAUCUUAUCCUCUGUUGAAAUGGCCAGAACGAUCACCUCAACUGUGUUAGUUCCAGAUGUUCUUUCACAGGGCAAUUAUAAAGAGUGGAGCAAUUGCAUGCGAAACUAUUUAUUAGCUCAAGAUCUUUGGGAUGUUGUUGAACCAAACGAUGAAUCAUUUUCUACUGAUGAAGAGCCUACUGCUAAUUGGAACAGAAAGAAUGCUGCAGUUCUACACGCCCUUCAAAUCUCAUGUGCUCCAGGGAUUUUUGCUCGGAUAAUGGGGAAAACUUCAGCGAGAGAGGCUUGGGAAGAAUUGGCUAAAAUACAUGAUGAGAAGAAGAAUACAUGGCUCUUGGAUGGACUUCAAUCAUCAAGUCGGAGGUUAGAGCUCCGCAGAUUCUUUGAGGGAAUCAUUCCAGGGAAAACGGAGCAUAUUAAAAGGAGUCGUAGCAAUACAUUCUUAAAUGCCAUUUUCGACGGGAAUUGGGAAGAGGUAUUGAAUUUGUUAGAGGAGUGUCCGCCUCACCAAAGAAAUCCACAAUUUAUGGGUCAAGGAUGUAGCAUUCUUCAUUUGGCAGUAGGAGCAUCAGGUAAUGUGGAGGUGGUUAAGAAACUGGUGCAGAUAAUGUCCGAGCAAGAAAUCUUGUCCCAAGAUAUAGAUGGUUGCACAGCUCUUGACUAUGCUGUCAACUUUGGAGCAACGGACAUUGCAGCAUGCUUAACCAUAGCGAACAAGAAAUUGCUCACAAUCCAGGACAAAAAGGGCAGGAUCCCAGUGGUGCGGGCAUGCGUCCAACGCUUCAAGGAAACAACAGUCUAUCUCUACUUUCAGACUCUGGAAUUCCUAGCUCCGGACAAAGGCCAGGAUGGUUCCUUACUCCUCCAUUUUUGUAUCUUAAAUGAAAUGCCUGAUAUCGCUUUGCAUCUACUGCACAAAUAUCCUGGUUUGGCAUUCACCAAAUUCAAAGACAAUAAUCAGGCGUCGACUCCGAUUCUAACAUUGUCUGCUCAAGCCUCUCUGUUCCCUAGUGGAACCCGGCUUUCAUUUCUACAUCAAUGGAUUUAUUAUGGUAUAUCCGUUGCUAGUGAAGACAAGGAAGUAAAGGCACCAGCACUCGCUACUGAUCCUCUCUAUUCCCUAGCGGAACCCAGCUUUCAUUUCUGCAGCGAUGGAUUUAUUAUGGAAUAUCCGUUGCUAGUGAAGAUAAGGAAGUAAAGCGGCCACCUGCACCCUCUACUGAUGUUGGCAUUUCUAUUACUUCAAUUUACCAAAACGAACAGAAUGACAUCAGAAGACAAGGUAUGUUUUUUUUUUUUUUUUUUUUUAACAAUCAUGGAUUUAUUGAUAAAGGAGUAUAAUACCU